AUGGACUGCGGACACUUUGCUGAGAGCAGCGAGGAGAUCUCCAGCCCGGGCUCAGACCACGAUUCCCUGCUGCCUUCUGCUGCCGGUGGCAACUCCUGCGUGGUCACAGCAUCUGGGCCUCGGGCUGGGGCACCUCCCGGCAGACCCGCCGCCGCGAACGCUGCUCGAGAGCGCAGCCGGGUGCAAACCCUGCGCCAUGCCUUCCUUGAGCUGCAGAAGACUCUCCCCUCCGUGCCGCCUGACACCAAGCUCUCCAAGCUGGACGUGCUCCUCCUGGCCACCACCUAUAUUGCCCACCUCACUCGUAGCCUUCAGGAUGAGGAAGAGUCGCCGGGAGAGGGCUUGGGUGCCCUCCGAGGGGACGGAUACCUCCACCCUGUCAAGAAGUGGCCGAUGCGUUCCAGGUUGUACAUCGGAGCUACCGGGCAGUUUUUGACUCACUCGGCACAAGGAGAUGGGGCAAAUCAAGGACAAGCGUCAACAACUUCACAAAUCUAA